UUUAUUGUUCCACAGAAAAUGGUGCUACGGGACGACGUUCGUUCGUGGAAUUUGCACCAAUAAUUCGUGAUUUUUACUAUUUCGAGUGCGCCUGUUUUGCCAAUUGUUCAAACAACGGUGUCGUCAUUCGUCCGUGUGCACAUUGGGGUAGUGUUUUAUUUGCAAUUUGUGACGAUUCCCGUGAUAGGAGGCCAUUUCCCAUAGCCUAAAAGAAAAAAAAGGCAGAUUGCUGAAGUAAGUGAGCAGGAAGCAGCAGCCAGGCGGACACCACCGACCGUCGUCUUUAGAUUAUUGUGCUUGAGUUUGUGUGCAUGUGUUGAAAUUACUUGAUCAGACUGGCCAUAUGAAUAGAAACAUGACAAUUCCGUCGAGACCUGCGCCUCCGCCGCCCCAGGCAGUGUCCAACAGUACCAACCGUUACAGUCCGGCCACCAAUUGGGAUGAUACGCCGUUCAGUGCGCAGCAAUCCGCCGGUAGUGGCGGAAUGAGCACCACCAGACAAGCACCCUUUCUCGUGAAUAAUGCUCACAUGAAUCACAAGCCCAAAAAGGCACCGCCGCCAAGGCCACCACCACCGAAAGUUGUCCCAGCACUGAAGAAGCCCGGUCAGCCACAAUCCAUUAACAUUUUGUCCAAUCUAUUCGGUCAAAAGCGAAAUCAUACUGCGGGACCAAAGCCGCCGAUAGCACAGAAAGGACAAAUUCCGGUGAAAUUACCGCCUCCGCCGAAGCAACCGCCACCGUUAGGUCAUCACGGGCAUCACAACUACGGAUCGACAGCGUCAACGCCUAGCAGUGGCGUCAGUUCCUCGAAUGGGGCAACUGACCUUCAGCUUAUCAGCUUUGAUUCACCUCCCAGUUCCCCUACCUUCACCCAGAAAUCGUGCAGCGAUUGUAUCAGCGUCGAUAGCUUCAGUUCCGAUUCGAACUAUUCGUCCCCGAACAAUGGAAGCAUGUCGCAAACUGAGAGCGGCUUCGAGGAUGAUUUCGUCAGUCAAACCGAUAAUCAACGGUCAAACAGGACAACUCCGGCUGCGACGAAGGAUUUGUGGGAUCUUUCUGACCCAUUCGGAUUACCUCCACCGUCGGCGGUAGCACCCAAGUCGAGCAGCAGCCAUAACAUCUACGCACCUCUGAGUUCUGCAACGAUACGGGCACCUGCCGUCAACAGCAAACUGUACGAGUCCGAGUUCGUCGAUCCGCUUUGCAACGGCAAAACCGUUGUACCGAAAGUACAAACCGUCGCGAUGCCAACUAUCAUUAAGACCGGUGGCAGUGCCAGUCAAAAGUCCAGCCCAGCAUUAAAACCGAAACCCUUGCUCGCGCCGGUGCACCCGGUGUGGGCCUCGAAGCCACCCGCUCCGUUACCAUCCACUUUCCAUCAAGCAGCAACUGGCGCUGGUUUUGACGACGGUGAGGAAUCAUUGGAUUCCCUACCGUCACCUCCGAUGCCGAACAUUCCACCGCCACCGCCACCAGCUUGUGUGGAACCGGCCGCGAGAACCGAGGAACCCUACGGUAUUGCGAUGUACGAUUUCAACGGCGAAACGGACGAGGAUCUGAGCUUCAGGACAAACGAAAAGAUCUACCUGCUGAAGCGACUGGACGAGGAGUGGCUGCUCGGACGAAACCGGCGCGGCUGUGAGGGGAUGUUUCCGGCCAACUACUUGGAGGUGAGGGUACCGUUGCCCGGGGAGCGACUAGCCGCCGCCAGUCCCAGUGCUAGCGGCCAUUGCGGUGAUAUUAGUUCUAGUGGAACAACCGAUAGCUUUAACCAUCCACAAGUUCGUGUAUUGUACACGUUCAACGCCGAAGCACCGGAGGAUCUGACGAUUGCGGAGAACGAGUAUGUGACCGUGAUGUACCGAAUCAACGUCGAGUGGUUGUACGGUGAACUGUACGGUCAGCGAGGACAAUUUCCAGCCAACUUUAUCGAGUAUGUUCCGCCGAAUCUACCUCCGAUGCCGAACAGCAGCAGUGGGAACUGACAAAAAUAAUCCAGAACGAUAAUAUUGUUAUAGAAGACUACUUUAAUUAUACUUGUGGAAGCAAACGACCGCAAUUGUGAUGAAAAAUAAUUAAAUUAUGUGACAUCGUGUCGCGGCCAAGUUGGAUGGCCUAAAAUUUCGAAGACAGUUUUUGAUAUGGUACGCAGUUUUAUCAUCAUAAAUCAAUUGAUGCAGUUUUUGUAUAAUUCGUAUAAUAAUAGGGUAACAUUAGAAAAUACUGAACGCAGGGGGCGCUUUUUAUAGGAUUUUACACGCAACAGCACUGAAAACUGAAGAAAAAAAAAAAAACAAACAGAAACUCUAUGCAAGCCAUUUACUGAAGAUACAAGCAAGUCCUUUUACUAGUACAGUAAGUUGUAUAUAUUUGGUUAUGUCAAUUAGAUAUUUUCUCCACGAUACACUUUGUAUUAGAACGAGAGCAGGAUAGUUGUAUCACGCUUCCUAGGUAAACAAUUGGUUUUAAUAAUGAUGAUUUUUUGAUAUGAUUACUCAUUCAUUGUAUAAACUGUUUUGGCGCUCUAUUGGGGGAUAUCUAGAGAGGGGUUAAAACUUCUGCUUGCGUGAUAAAUAGGAUAUAAUAAUGCUAUUGCGCCCGCCCGAUACUAACACAUUAAUAUAUGUCGAGAUCUGAACCGAAGGGUGGCGCUAUUCUCCAGAGACAUUUGGAAGACGUUAUAAUUAUAUUACCUAAUCUAUUUUGUAAAUCAUUAAAAGUCUAGCUAUAAAUUAUUCAAAGUAUAAGAUAACUUUCAGUAAGGUUUUGCGCUAAUCUUACUUAAUAAAAGUUGUGCAUU